AUGGCGGAGUCGGAGGAGAACAGCGCCCUAUUCCCGAUCUUCAUCCUGACGCUCUUGGCGCUGCCGUUGAUACCGUACACCGUCCUUAGGCUGUAUCAUGCCACCACAAAGAAGACCAAGAGCAUCCACUGCCGGUGUUCGGUGUGCGCGCGCUCUGGAAAGUACCGCAAGUCCAUAUUCAAGCGGGUAAAAAUUGGGAUCCCUCUCCCCAUCCAUAUUACGAUAGUCUGACAAUCUCUUAAGAUGCUCGUUUUCAGAAAGCGUAUUUCGCUUACUAUUUUCAUGUUUUUUUCCUUUGUUUCUUGCAGAUCUCGAACUUCUCAACGUGCAGUAAUCUCACGCUUGUGCUGCUCUGGGUGAUUAUGGCAAUCCUCGUCUACUAUAUUAAACAUAUAAGCCGCGAGGUAAGCUAACCAUGGAUUAAUAUUUCCUUUCACACAUGCUUUGAUGUAGAGGGAUGUGCGCGACGAAAAAUUUGAGUCUCCUAGAACCAUUUGUCGGGGGAGAUAACCUAUUUUUUUCUUUAGAUUUGUCUCAUUGAACUAUCAUCAAGACGUUCGAAAAUUCUCCACCCUGUAAAAUUGUUCCUAAAAGUACAUGAAAGAAGAUAAAGAGUUAGCAUAGGUAUCAUUCCUUUCUUCUGAAGGAUGCCUGUAGGGUAUGCAAUUUUCGUGGAGUAAAAGAGAUAGCAUAGGUUUGAUCAUUUUACCUGAAAGAGGAGAUAGUGACCAUGAUAGGAUGAGUAUCUGUAGUUGAGGACACGCAAAACUGGAAAGACCGAAUAUUCUGGAUAUUCUGGAUAUGUUAUGAAGAUGGAGGAAUAUUCUGGAUAUUGUAUUCGAAGGCAAUGUAAGUGACAGAGUAAUCAGAUUUUCAAUUUUAUAAAUUUUAAUAUCAAACUUAUUAGCUUGAUGGUUCACUCCAGCCCAUCAAGCUACUACGUUUUGCAAAAUGUCUAUCCCUAGGGUGGCACAUCAUUGAGUUACAGAUGGACUUUCUGACUUAAAAUAUCAUUUACCUUAAUGUUUUCUGCCCUAGUUUUUAAGCCAUUGUACGUUCCAAGAAAUGACAACAAUCUUAUUUAGAACUUCCAUGAAGGUAAGAACCUGAGAUCACCUGUGAGUCGAUUACUUCUUUAUGUUUUUUCUAAUCCUGGGAUCAGACCGGGAUAUUUCUUAGUUUAACGCUUAUGUUUUGAGUGCUGAUCCCAUUUGAAGAUCAACAUCAAAAUUGUGUGAAAGCAGUUGUCCAGAGGCACUAUAACUCCUAGGACGGAUUUGCCCACAUUAAUAUUUAAUUGCAAUAACCUGGCAGCAGUAAAAAAAAUGAAUCAGAAAGAUUCCUAGAGCGACAUGUAUCUUUCUGGUAAACAUUUUUAUCAAAGCAUCGUGGAUACUAUCUAGGUCUCUGCUGUCCCCUUUUUGUUGAAUUUGAUUUAAUGAACUGUGUAACACAGAUAAAAACUCUAGUUCUAAGUUUUGAUGAAAUGAAAAUAUGAUUCUCCUUCAUGUCUGUUAUCAAUGUUAUGUGAAGAUGAUCAGUAAAGUCCGAGUACCUAUUAAAAAUCAAGGUAAUGGCACGCAGCCUCUUUUCUAAAUUCUUCCAGAUUUGUUAAUCAUCUCAUUAUCUUUCUUCAGGUCCAAACAUUUGAACCGUUUAGUAUUCUUGGAUUGGAGCCGGGAGCUUCAGACUCAGAAAUAAAGAAAUCUUAUAGAAGACUCUCCAUUCAGUACCAUCCUGAUAAAAAUCCAGAUCCAGGUUGAACAUGUACCGAGUGAUCUUUAUUUGUUGUUCUUGUAUUGGGUCUCUAAUAUCAGCUUGACCAAGUUUCGGUUGUUUCCAGAGGCACACAAUUACUUUGUGGAAUUUAUAUCUAAGGCAUAUCAAGCCCUAACUGAUCCAGUAUCUCGAGAGAAUUAUGAAAAGUAUGGGCAUCCAGAUGGAAGACAGGUGAUUGCUCUGUCUCAAUGAAAUAUUGGAUCAGUUUGCUUUGUUGUUUACUCUUCCACUAAAUAAUACCUGUCUGCCAUGGAUACAGGGGCUGCAAGUGGGGAUUGCUUUACCUAAGUUUUUGUUAAAUAUUGAUGGUGCCUCUGGUGGCCUACUUUUGCUUGGUAUUGUUGGUGUUGGCAUACUGUUGCCUUUGAUAGUAGCAGUGGUUUACCUUUCGAGAUCAUCUAAAUAUACGGGGAAUUACGUCAUGCACAACACUCUGCAGACAUAUGUAUAUUUCAUGAAACCCUCCCUGGCUCCGAGGUAUAGAGCUUGUUAACUUUACUUACCUUUUAUUCUCCCUUGAUAAAGUUAAGAUGCGUAAUGCUUUAGAUGAGUAUGUCGGUGAUAUGUUCUUUGGAUGGGCUUCGUUCUUAAGAAUAUCAUGAAAUAUUUCCUACAAAUUGAUCAGAUAUAUUAGUUCAAUGUACCCGUUUCCUGAGAGGAUAAUCUCUUAUUAAAGUGUAAACAUAGUUGUCGAAUUUUUUUCUCUAUCUUUUCACACACCAUGUUAUCAGUCCUUUAGUCAAUGUUUUUGGUACUGAAAUAUUGUCACGCCUUAGGAUUGACCAAUUUUAAGUUGUUAAUGAUGCAGCAAGGUCAUGGAUGUCUUCAUUAAGGCUUCGGAGUACAUGGAAAUCCCAGUUCGUAGAAGUGAUGAUGAACCCCUUCAGAAACUGUUCCUUGCUGUUCGCAGUGAGUUAAAUCUGGACUUGAAGAAUAUAAAAUCAGAGCAAGCCAAAUUUUGGAAACAGCACCCUGUCUUAGUAAAGGUAAUUUUCCUAGAGUCUGCUGUGUCCGUCCUCCAUACUACUUAUGGUUCGUAGCACAUUAUUUUAUUGAUCUUAUGGGUUUUCCUUCUUCCUUUUUUGUUUUUUGCUUGAUCCAGACAGAGUUAUUGAUCCAUGCCCAAUUAGCUCGUGAGUCAGCACCCUUGCCUCCUGCUCUGGACAGUGAUUUCAAGCGUCUACUUGAACUUGCUCCACGGCUUCUUGAAGAAUUGGUCAAGGUUAGUAUUAAGAUUAAGUUUGGCCAGUGUUUUCUCGCCCCGAGAUUCGGAUCAUUUAUUUAUAUAAUUUAUUUCAUGUUUAAUUCAUCAUUGAUGGAACAUACAAGGCAAUGCCCAAUAUGCUUUUCAAAGUUGUCAGUCUGCUUAUAGCAUGUCUUAUUAUACUUUUCUUGGAAAGAUAGGGUACCUUCUUGCUGAAGAUGUUCUGUAGAAUCCAAUUUAGUUUAGUUUCAGGAAUGAAACGAUAUAUUCGGCAUACCGGUGAGAAAAACAUGAUAUACUUAGCUACUUAGAUGGAGGUGGGCUAUGUAAUGCUGGGCCCAAGUGAAAUAUGUUCCUAGGAGAUGGUUGAUACUUUCGACAACCUUGGAGAUAUUUUUUCUAUUUCACAACAUUCGAUGCAGAAUGGACCAUAGUUGGCCUUUUGUCGGUGAAGUUUAGGUGUUUUUCAUCCGUCCAUUAUAUGUGGAGCUUCAACCUGUACGGUAGUAUUACUGUGUGCAGUUUACCCAUGCAAUACCUUUCAGCAGCUCUUGUACGAUGGGGUUAAUGAACUCAAGCACUGAGCCAGUGGGGGCCCAAUUUUCGUGAAGGGAUCUUAGUUUUAAUCUUUGCUCGAAUCAGUUUUCUUCCACAGAAAUGAAUUCGCUUCCGUUCAAGUCAUUUCAUGGAUUUUUUAAAUCGUAGCUUCUGAUUAGCUUCGAGAAUAUCUUUGUUUCUUCCAAUCAACAAAACAUUCGGGGCUCUGUUAGUUCUAAUCACAGCUCCUCGAUUUUCAUGCCGGAACGAGUAACGCCGGACCCUCGCUCCUCUGUGAAUGCAGAUCGCUGUAAUGCCACGAAGUCCCAAUGGCCGCGGAUGGCUGAGGCCUGCAAUUGGCGUUGUUGAGCUUUCCCAAAGCAUCGUUCAGGUGAGAAUUUCCAUCGGUCUUUGCUCUCUAGUUGUGAUGCCUGAAUCCGCUUUGCCCAUCAAGUUAGUUGCCUUUGUGCCUAGAUUUCCUGACGGGCCCUAGACCAGGGUCUGCAUGUUUCUGUCCCCGCCGGCAAUGGCAUUGGCAUGGAAUAUGAUUUAUGUACUCCGCAGGCUGUCCCCCUCAGCGCAAGGAAGGUGACCGGAGGAUCCGCCGAGGGCAUCGCGCCCUUCCUGCAACUCCCCCACUUCAGCGAGGCGACCGUCAAGAAGAUCGCCCGCAAGGUUGAAGAAACCCGUCCCGUCCCGUCCCAUGCCAUCCUUUCCUUUACACAAAUAGAACGGAGCUGAAUGGAAAUGGAAACGAUUCUCCGUCCAUCUGAAUCUCCUCUCCCCCACCCGGGGUCUCGCAGAGGGUGCGGACGCUGCAGGAGCUGCUGGAGAUGGCGGGGGAGGAGCGCGCCGAGCUGCUGACGCAGACCGGCGGGCUCUCCGCCACGGAGGCGCAGGACGUGGAGCUGGUGCUGGAGACGAUGCCCUGCGUGGAAGUGGAGAUCACCUGCGAGACGGAGGGCGAGGAGGGCAUCCAAGAGGGCGACAUCGUCACCAUGUACGCGUGGGUCACCAUCAAGCGCCGCAACGGCCUCACCGUCGCCCUCCCCCACGCGCCUUUCUUCCCCUUCUCCAAGGAGGAGAACUUUUGGCUCCUCCUCGCAGACCCCGUCGCCAACGAGGUCUGGAUGUCGCAGAAGCUCAACUUCUCCGACGAGGCGGCGGCGCUUGCGGCGGCGUCCACCGCCGUGAGGGAAGCCAAGGAGGCCCUCGGGGCGAGCCCCAAGGAGGUGAGCGCCGCCGUGGGGGAGUCCAUCGAGAAGGUGAAGAACGGGUCGAGGCUGGUGGUGGGCAAGUUCCAGGCCCCCAACGAGGGGAACUACAGUCUCUGCUCCUACUGCCUCUGCGACGCCUGGAUCGGGUGCGACCGGAAGACGAACCUGAAGCUGAAGGUCCUGAAGAGGAGCCGCGCCGGGACACGGGGCGGCGGCGGUGGCGCCACCGAGGAGGCGGCGGCGGCGGCGGAGGAGGGCGGCGAGGAGGAGGAAGAUGAGGAGGAGUACGACGACGACUACGAGAGCGAGUACAGCGACGACGACCAGGAGGAGGACAAGGACGACAAGAAGGACGACAAGAACAAGAAAGCAGCAGCAGACAAGGACUCUUCCAACAGCGAAGAAGGCUCCGGCACUGACGAGGAAUGA